AUGUACAAGUCCGAAAUACAAACAUCUUCGACUGAAUCUGCCACAAAUGCUUCUUCCUUGCAACAUCUUGAAAUAGAAACAAGUUAUAUGUCAAACGACACAUCAAGAUUGGUAAAGAAGAAGAAGAUGAGCACAAAGGCAUUAGUGAAGCGUCUACUAGGCGUUGUGGCUGACUUAAGUUCUAAAGUAGACCGUGUAUUACAGAAAAAAGAUGAACCAGACACAAAUGUUGAACCAGACAGAGGGUUUCGAGAGGAGGAAGAGGUGGAGGAGGAGGAGGAAGAAAUGAUAAAUGAAGAGGAGGAAGAAAAAUAUUACCAUGAUACAUAUUUUGACUAUGAUGAUAUAGGUACUCAUGGUUUGGAGGGGGAAAUUGGGCCUACACCUACGCAUGUUGAGCCGUCAUCGGACGUGGGUGAACAUCACACAAAAGAAAUGACUCCUAUUGUUAGGCCGCAACGAAAGAGGGGUGUUCUAUGGUAUCAGCGGACUCCGUUCACAGUGUUGCAAUCCACACCAAAAAUGAAGAAAAUCACCAAAGCAAAGAAAAAAAAAGUGGUGAAGAGUCCUGAAAAAGCAAAUGAAGACAUUGUGAAUGAAGAGAGUAUUGAUGUUUCAAAUCAUCUCUUGCUCGACAGUGUUGAAGCUGCCAGUACGUUGAGUUUUUGGAGAGAAUGGAAUACGAUCUCUUCCAACCUAAUCACUAAACAUAGGCUGUAUAUGCUCACACUAGAUGUGGAGUUUUGGUCGAGGUUACUUGCAGUUACUGACGCUGGGUGGUUAAUUUCUUCGGUUCUAUUCCCCAUAAACGUUCCUCAUGCCCAUUGGUUUUUGGCAGUGCUACAUUUAGAUAUUUGGAAAGUACACAUUUAUGAUUCAGUACGAUGUAUGAAUUACUUCACAACGUACUUGACUGGUGGAGAAUUCAAAAGUUUUGGGAAUAGUAUAAUCGAAGAGCUAGAUGUCAUUGACUACUGGAAGGAUUUCCCCGAUGGACACAAAGACAACGCAGUUGUGGAGUUUAUUGAUAUUGUAGACGCGCCACAACAAGAAUAUAUUACUAAUAGAGGGGAUUGUGGAGUAUUCGUAAGCAUGUAUAUGGAAAUGAUUGCUUCGGGGGUACCGGUGAAGAGUGAUAAGCCAUGUAGAGAUGCGGGAUUUCUCUACAGAAAUAGGAUGACAAAUAUUUUUUGGGAUACUAAAUAA